UAGUAGUAACUUUAUGGAAAAAAUCUACUAAAUAUAAAAUUAAUAUUGCUAAUAGCAAAACGUCAACACAGCAAACACUCAGUAAGAAUCUUUGAAAGAUCUUUCUGCCCGUCGUUUCAUAUUUCAAAUCAGUCUUUGAGAGUCUUCGUCAAAAUACAAAAUUUGCCAUCCAAACCAUUGUGUUAAGUCAAACUAUUCUUGAGAAUUCAGUCUUCAUUGUGAUCUUUAGUCAAUCAGUCACAUACUCAUUUAUUUCUAAAUAAAAUGGCAUCUGCUAAAUUGGUUUUCUUGUGCGCCGUUAUGGCCAUUCUCUCAGCCACCGCUUCUGCUGGUUUGUUGGACGCCAUAUUUGUACCCACCAUUUUACAAGAGAAAUACCAACUUAUGCCCACCAAAGAGGGUUAUCGUCUUAACUUACAAGAACCCGAUGGCAGCUCACGCGAAGAAGUAGGUAUGGUCAUUAAUCCCGGCACACCCGAAGAAGAAUUAGUUGUUAUGGGUACCUAUACUGUGUACGAUGAAAAGACUGAUACUGAAACCGUUACCAUGUAUACCGCCGAUAAGGAUGGUUACAAAUCUCGUUAUAUGCUUAAGAACCGUAGAUUGAGUCCUGGCUCUUUGAAAUCAUUGUCUGGUUAAACUUGUUUUAAUUAAAAAAAUGAUAAAUGUUUUUUUUUUUUGUAAAUUGUAAAUGAUUGUUAAAUAAUAAAAUGAUGAGUUAAAUAUA